AUGUCUGCCCCGCAGGAACCUGCCCAUACGGCGUCCGACUCGACGCUGCCACCAGCGACAAAUCAGCACAGUCGGAGGUCAGGAUUGUCAGCGUACGAACGGUCUGGAGAGGGCCGUCCACCAUGGAUCUUGACUCGUACUGAGCUCAAGCUUCUCGGUAUUGCGGGUGUUGGGUUCUUUCUAGACGCCUACGAUCUGUUCAUUAUCAACCCCGUUGCAACCAUGCUUCAAUUCCGCCUGUACGGCGGCCAUGCUCUUCCCGCAGGAUUGCAAGGCUUCGUCAAGGCCGGCGCAAAUAUUGGCAGCGUGAUCGGGCAGUUCACGUUCGGGUUCGCCGCCGAUUAUUAUGGAAGAAAAGCAGUUUACGGGAAAGAGCUGAUGGUCAUUAUUUUCGCGACUAUAUUCUGUAUAUCUGACCCGACUGAUGACCUCUCCCCGUCUGGCGCCCUCAUCUGGCUCGGUGUGUGGCGGAUCGUGCUCGGAAUCGGCGUGGGGGGCGAUUACCCCAUGUCCGCCUCUGUCUCAACUGACCGAGCGCGUCUGCGAAAGCGUGGAACGAUGCUAGCUUACAUCUUCUCUGCUCAGGGAUGGGGAAGUCUUGUUGGCAGUCUGGCCACGAUCAUAGUUCUUGCGUGUUACAAGGAUGUCAUGGAUACAAAAGGAGAAGUCUCAAAAGUCGACGGAGUCUGGCGUAUUAUCAUCGGUCUUUCGUUGAUCCCGGCGUUCGGCACCCUCUACCAGCGACUGACCCUCCCCGAAGCCAAGCGUUUCGAAGCCGCGAAAAGUGACACAGUCGACGAAGAGAAGUUCAAAGAGCUCGAGGAGACCGGCGACGACCGCCUGAACGACAAGCAGGGAGUGAAGGGCGCCGCCGUCGGUGUCAUUCACACCACCCGAUCCGCGUCGUCCGGGGAGGAUCUGGAGAACGGGCACGAUGCGCGGGAGAGAGAAAGGAGUCUCGCGGCGGAGAAGAAGGACCAUUGGCUAGAGUUCUUUCGGUACUUCGGUCAGUGGAGGCACACCCGCAUCUUAGUCGGGACUUCGCUAUGCUGGUUCCUGCUCGAUAUCGCGUUCUACGGCAUCAACCUCAACCAGAAUGUUGUGCUCCAGCAAAUUGGUUUCGACGGCAGCUCCGGAUCAGACUGGGAACGUCUCUUUAAGAUCGGCAUUGGUAACCUCAUCAUAACCGCGUUAGGCUUUGUACCCGGAUACUAUGCGACUGUCUUCACCAUCGAGAUACUCGGACGGAAGUGGAUACAGAUCCAAGGUUUCCUCCUCGCAGCCCUAUUCCUUGGCAUCAUGGCGGGGAUGUUCCACACGUUGAGUACCGCGGCUUUUAUCGUAUGUUUCGCAUUCCUACAGUUCUUCUUCAACUUCGGAGCAAACACAACAACAUAUUGCUAUCCCGCUGAGGUCUUCCCUACCCGUUUCCGCGCCUCGGCGCAUGGCAUCUCCGCCGCGUCGGGGAAGGCGGGUGCCAUUAUCUCAGCGCUCGCCUUCAACUCUCUUGCAGAAGACAUUGGUACCCCGGCUGUUCUCUGGAUAUUCUUUGGCUGCUGCAUUGCAGGAGCCUUUGCUACACUGUUGCUCCCGGAAGUGCGCGGGAGGGACCCCGAUGUUGUCUAUGCCGAGGAAUUAAGGACAGGACGCAGCCAUGUCUGA